ACCGGAAUGCACCAAUCGCCGAUUGUGCGAUGUCUCCGAAAAGCGCCCUUGAUCAGAACUUAUGCAAAGAUAUACACCAAUAUGCACGAACAUAUAUAAUUUACUACAAAUGGCUGCUGCGCUUGCCCUAUUCUUGAUCCCCUCUGUUACAGUAACGCCAUAGAGAGAGGGUUGACCAUCUUGUACCUAGUUCCAUCCACCACUCACAGUCAAACUGAUGUUUGAAACCAAUUAUCGGGUCUAUUUUGCGAAAUAUGUAGCUCGUCGACUUACACCCCCUUUGCUCAUUGCUCACUUCAUUUCUCGGUUCUUCUUGGACUCACUCGAUGCUUUCUUGGUCCCUUUCUUCUACCUUGCCGUUUCAUUUAUUUGGGCCAUAUCAGUAGUCCAAUUUGGGAAACUGUACCAGCGCGUGGAUGCACGUAGCCGUGAUGCUGUCCUCAUACCCGAAGUGAAGGGGCGCCUGCCUGGGAACAUCGAUGUAAUGGCUCGCCUUAGUCGUCGUUCCAGAGAUUGCUAUAUUCUUUCUGGCCAUGAGGAACUUUUCGAUGAGCUCAAUGCCGAUACCAUCAACUUGCGUUUUCUGUGGAGAGACAUCAUCCUCACUCGCGAGCCGCAAAUUAUUCAGAGCAUCCUUUCCACAAUUUCAACGAUUUUGAAAAAGGGCCCUGCUCAAAAUUCGUUUGUUCAGUUUGUUUGGGGACGGGAUUUUCAAUAAUGAUGGGGAAGACUGGAAAGCUCAUAGGGCUUUGACGCGUCCAUUCUUCGCUAGAGAGCGUGUUCGCGAUCAUCACCUCUUUGACAAGUAUUCGGACAUAAUCGUAUCCCUCAUUGAGCAGCGUUCUCUCCAGAAUGAAUCCCUUGAUGUUCAGGAUCUCUUUGGACGGUUCACUCUCGAUGCCGC